AGCGGCGCUGCUGCCCGUGCCUCGGCGGCGAGAAGGGCGAGUCGCCUCUCUCCGCUCGAGACUCGCUCUGGGCGGUGCGGGGAGGCGAUGGCUUCGCGCCAAUGCAGAGCGCGUCGCUCGGCUUUUCGGUCCGGUUUGACGAGGAGGAGGGCGGCUCCACAAACGGCGAGUCAGCCUCAGUGAACGGCGACUCCGCCAAGGGCUCCACCCUCACCGACGACGACAUGCUCUACGACGCGAGCCCGCCGGACGACGGCGGCUUCGGCGCCUUUGGCGACGCGGAGUUCGACGAGUUCGGCGGCGAGUGGGGCGGCUUUGACGACGUCGGCACGCUCGCGCCCGCUCCGGAGCAGCUGCCCGCGCAGCUGUCCGGCCGCUCGGAGCCAUCGGGCCGGUCCGAGGGGGACGGCGGCGAGGCGGUUGUCUCUGUCGAGGCCGGAUCGACCGUCGUCCGCUUCCGCGUGGCGGGCGUGGCCGACGUCGCGGCGGCCCUCGGCGGCGGACGCUUCUCCACCGCCGCGCUGACGCAGUUCAACAGAGGGACGCCGGUGGCUGUCCUGGAGAUGCGUGCGGCGGAGCCGGCCGGCGAAGCGGCGAGCGACGCUGCUGCCGGCGCGCCGAGCGCAGCCGACGACUGGGGCGGAGGCGAGUGGGCGGCCGCCGGCGAGUCGGAGUUCAGCGACUUUGGAGACUUUGGCGGCGAGGCGGCGGCCGGCGCCGGGUUUGGUGACUUCUCCGCGCCUGAGCCGGCGGCAGAGCCGCAGCCGCACGCCGAGCGUGGCGCUUCGGCCGAGUUUGGCGAUUUUGGCGACUUCGACGACUUCGACGGCGGCAGCGGAGAGCUGCCCACUGCCGCGGCCGCGGCUGUUGCUGGCGGCGGAGCAGCGUCCGAGCUCGCCGCGCUGGAGUGCGACCUGUCGGACGCGUCGUCGGCCGUCAACCUGCAGUCGAUCCGAUCCCUCUCGGAGAUGUCGUCUGCCGUGUCCGUCGGGCCGGCGACCUCCGACUUCACAACCAGUCGAGAGCACACUUCCGACGGCGGGUCGGGAUCGACCAACGGCGAGACGCAACCGAGAGGGGGCUGA